AUGAAGGCGAUCAUAGCGUGUUUACUUUAUGUGGUAAUACAAGUGGAAAGUAAUGAAUAUUACAAUGUUACGUAUGAACCAGUUCAAAGGCAGUUGUUGGACUUUAAGAAGCACCAUCCGCGCCCGAUAGGAUUGUGGACCAAAAAUGCCGGAGAGCCAGUUGACAUACGUGACACAAUAACAAUUAACUCCGACCAAUUUAGCAACCAAUUGCUUAUUGAUACAAUAUCGACAGUAGCUGGCGAAAGAAUACCAGAGCGAGUGGUUACCGCCAAAGGUACUGGAGCCUUCGGCUACUUCGAAGUUACACACGAUGUCUCAAAGUAUACGUACGCUGACGUUUUCAAUGGAGUAGGCAAGAAAACUCCGGUAGUCGUCAGGUUUGCAUCGGGAUUCCAAAAUAAAGGAGGCUCUGACCUUGCUAGAGAUUUGAAAACUAUGGCAGUAAAAUUUUACACUCAAGAAGGAAACUUAGACCUUCUAUCUAUUUCAAUUCCUGUAUUUGCAUUUAGAGAUCCUAUGUUGUCGAGAGACAUAACUCAUGCAUUUAACAGAAAUCCUCAAACUAAUAUGUAUGAUUUCACAAGUUUUUAUGAUAUAGUGACACUAAGACCUAUCUUUGCUCAUUCUCUCUUUUGGUUAAUGUCUGAUUAUGGUAUUCCGAACGGCUACAGAAAGAUGGACGCCUUCCCUGUUCACACUUAUGAACUUGCGAGUAAGCACGGAGAGAAAUAUUACGUGCGGUUCAACUUCAGGACUGAGUUGGGUUUCUCAUACUUAACAACUGCUGAAGCAGCCGCCAUUCAAUCUUUAGAUUUAGAUUACUUUACUCGAGAUUUGUACAACGCUAUUGGUUCAGGACAGUACCCUUCAUGGAAACUUGAAAUGGAUGUGCUGUCGCUGCAUGAUUUAAAAAAAGUUGAUUACAAUCCUUUUGAUGUUACAACAUUGUGGAAGAAUGGUACAUUCUACACGGUGCCAAUUGGGCGAUUGGUACUGAAUAGGAACGUUAAAAAUCACUUUAGAGAUGUCGAACAAGCAGCAUAUAAUCCUGGUAAUUUAGUACCGGGUAUUCCUGGACCAGUAGACUAUUUAUCCUGUGGCGAAAGAAUGUACUAUAGGGACACUCAAAACUAUCGCCUGGGAAGAAACCACAACAAGAUUUCAGUAAACAUGCCAUUGUACGAGAAGACGUACGUACGAGAUGGGACACCACCGACUAACCUUAACAUGAAGAACGCUCCCAACUAUUAUCCUAAUUCAUUCCAUGGACCAGUUCCAUAUGUGGAUGAGCACAGACCGUGGAAGAAGUUGAAGGUAUUGGAAACUAAUGCUUUUGAUUUAGAACCAGCAUGGUAUUUCUACAAUUACAUUUUGGAAGAUGAAGCUCACAGGUUGAGGUUUAUAGCUAAUAUUGUCUUGACUCUUGUGCCAGUCACUCCACCAGUUGUUCAGAGAGCCAUGAAACUGUUGCACUUGAUCGACCAGGAUCUGGGUGAGCGAGUCAAGGCUGGUUAUGAAGUAGCCCUAGCUGCCCAGCAAGCACUGGCUAAUGCUACUCCUGCUGAAACUAUGUCCUUCCGAAGAGUUCCGUCUGCGGAAGGACAUCCUAUACAAAUGUCUGACCCGCGGUAA